AUGUCAAAUCUCUCAAAACUCCACUUUGAGGCACUAAAAAUUUCUGGACACAACUAUUUGACUUGGGCCGUAGAUGCUGAAAUGUACUUAGCUGCUGAAGGAAAUGCAGAUGCCAUAAAAGAACGAAAUAAGGCAUCCGAACAACAAAAAGCAAAAGCAUUGAUAUUUCUUCGUCACCAUAUUAAUGAAGCACUUAAGAAUGAAUACCUUACUGUGAAAGAUCCACUUGUGCUCUGGAAUAAACUAAAAGAAAGAUACGAGCACUUGAAAACCAUUAUCCUCCCAAAAGCUAGGUAUGAUUGGAUGCAUUUGCGCUUACAUAACUAUAAAUCUGUAACCGCCUAUAAUUCUGAAGUAUACAAAAUUACUUCUCAAUUAGAAUUGUGUGGUGAAAAGGUAACAGAUGCGGAUCUGUUAGAGAAAACAUUUUCAACCUUUCAUGCAUCCAACAUGCUCCUGCAGCAGCAAUACCGUGAAAAGGGGUUUCAAAAAUACUCUGAUUUAAUUUCUUGUCUUCUGGUUGCUGAACAGAACAAUGAGCUUCUAAUGAAAAAUCAUGAAGCUCACCCUGCUGGUGUAGCUCCAUUCCCUGAAGUGAAUGCAUCACAACACAACCAUUUUGGAAAAGGUCUUGGUCGUGGUAGCGGUCGUGGUCGUGGCAAUGUCCAUAGUCGUGAUCGUGGUCAUGCCCACAAUCUUCAUGGAAAAUUCAAAACCCCAUUUUUCCACCAGAAGUGGAAAAAUAAUGAAAAGAUUGAAAAGGAAAAAGGUCAUUGGUCUCGUACAUGUCGUACUCCAAAGCAUUUGGUUGACCUUUAUCAGCAAUCACUGAAAAACAAAGGAAAAAAGGUUGAAACUCAUUAUGCUUAUAAUGAAGGUGAUGAUGCUGAUUAUGAUAUUUAUGGUGACAUGGAUACUACUCCUUUGGAUAUUGGUGAUUUCUUUGAAGAUCCAAAUGGAAAAAUUGAUCACCUUAUUGGAGAUGGAACCGUGAAGAAGUAG